AUGUCAGAUGCUUGGAUGCGAUAUUACUACCCGCCCCUCUUCCAGGAACCUUGGUCACACAUCGAUACGACACCGCGGGUAAGCCUGUCAAAUGGCUUCGACAACUGGAUCAAGGCGGACGAAUCGAUCGACUGGCAUCUAGACGGACUACUUCAGACAAUUCAGGCCCAUGAAGAAGCUCUCUUGGAGCAAGGUAUCCCGGCCGCCGAAGCCAAGGUUAGCAAAGAUGUCGAUAUCGUUGCGUGGCGAGGCAUCUUGUCGAAGAUCAUGGCAGCGCCGUACGAUUUCUUCUCAGACUUCGAACUGAACGCGACUUGCUUCCAGGACACAAUCUAUCUAGAGCUCAAUCACUCCUACAAAGAUGUCGUAGAAGUCAACUCAACUCAAAGGCAGCAACGUGGAAUGCAGCAGGCGGCUAACAGGCAUGGCACAUCACCCGAGUUGAUGCAGUAUUGGGGCUAUAAAUUUGAGGCGCUCUCCACACUCCCGCGACCAUGGGGCGAAUGCACACGAGAAGAGAUCGAGAGCCGCGACACCGACAUCGUCAACACCAACGUCCAAUACUGCUCCAUCGUCCGUACAGGCAUCGGCAAGACUUCACUCAUCCUCGCUGGUGAAGUCGACUGCGUGCUCGAUCGCAAACCGGAUGACCGAGACAAGCCGAUACCCUGGGUGGAGCUCAAGACGAGCGCCACGCAAACGGAUCAGAGCUACAAGGCUCUGAAGAAGUGGGAAGCAAAACUAUUACGCAUCUGGGCUCAGUCGUUCCUGCUGGGCGUGCCUAAGGUCGUUGUCGGCUUUCGCUCUCCGGUCGGUCAGCUCGAAUCGAUCCAGGAGUUGGAGACGCAGCGCAUUCCCGGCUCGGUGAGGAAAGGUCAACGAUCUUGGGACGGCAACGUAUGCAUCAACAUGACAGCGGCUUUUCUGGAGUUCUUGAAGGAGAGUCUUAUGGGCAAGGAUGGUGUGUGGCGCGUCAAAAUGGCACGACACUCGAAGCAGAUCAGUAUCCUUCAAGUCGAGCCUACAGGACACGGAAGGAUCAUCGAGCCCGACUUCAAAGCGCACAGGGAGAAGAUGCUGGCAGCUGAGAUCGCACAAAAGCUUGGUGACUCCUGA